AUGAAUGAUUUUACUGUUUGUGCUAAUGAAACACCUAUUGUUCGAAAUCUUGAUGCUAUUGUGGAGGUUCAAAAAGAGAUUUCAUCUGUUGAUGUUUUUCAUGAGAUAGUUGAUGUUGAUAGAGAGUCUCAUAGGGAUGGACCAAAAGAAAGUCAUCUUGUCGAAACUCUAGAUGUUCAGAGAGAGUCAAUUAGACAGGCGGCAAUAGAAAAAUGGAAAUUUAAGAAAAAUAAAAAAUCAACUAAUAAUGCACAGGUGCCUGUGAUACAAACACCUGUCCACGAAGUUAGACAUAGUGCAACACUUGAAAAUAUAGAUUCUGUUGUUGUUUCCAACAUGUAUAAUCAUCUUGCUGAAACAAGUAGUGCUCCACAAAGAAGAAAAAAUCAAAAAAGUUUGGUGGGGAGUGCUGCUCAUAGAAAAAAGACCAACAAAGUUAAUCAGAUUAAAAGUUUGACAGAUGGCAGGUAUCGAUUAGAAUCAAUUCCUUUGGCGCCGUCACAAUUGCGUAGUAGGCAUGAUUGUCCGCAUUGUUGUGCCAAAAAAAUUGAAUAUGAGACAUAUAAUUUAUGUUGUUUGAAUGGAGAUGUUUUUUUGGCUUCCAAUGAUGCUCCUCCAAUAUUUAAAGAACUAUUGGAAGAAUGUCCACGUUUGACAGAAUCAUUAAUCAAAAAAAUUUUAACAGUCCUUGAACAAAAUCCAUAUGUGAAAUUUUUGAAAAGGCUUAGGGAUAUACCCGAUUUAGAAACUUAUGAAAUAGUUUUGAAAACUUUGCCUAAUGUUGAUCAAAGAGUCUUUAACCAACCUCAAGUUUCUCAAAUUGCUGCACUGUGGGUUGAGGGAGAGGAAAAUGGA